GAUUACCGUGGAUUUCCAGAGAGAACGUAUCUCGAUGACGAAUUGAAGUUCAAGAGAGACGUUGAUCCUGAUGAUUUUCAAGAAGACACCGUGAACCUGUGGGCGUCCGCUUCUAAUGAGAAUUCAGACUCUGGCGGUGGCUCUAAUAAAAACGUUGAUGAUAAAACAUCACGGGACGAACGUCAUCUUGAUUCAAAACACCGUAACCUCGCGGGGGCAAAGAACUCAGUCGCGUCCCAGAAUCCAGAAGAGCCGUCUGGCAUUGGGGCCAAGCCGGAGGAGGAUUCACCCUCUUUAGAAUCAUUGAAAAAGGUCGUACUCGAGCUGAGUAAGAGCCUCGCAGAGCCUGACACAAAAACUGAGACCAGAAAAGAGAGCGCUGGGGUUUUGAAGUCGAAAAACGCAGAGAGGCACGUCGAGGAGAUGACUGGUCAUAAGGAAGGUCCUUCUAAAGGUGAACACGAGAGGGAUCUGUCUUCCUCGCGGAUGAAUCAGGAUUCUGUGAAAAUGAAAGAAAAUGCAUAUGAAAAAAAUGGCGAAACAAAUUUAAAAUGGUGGGACGAUCCUAGAUCGGCUGCAGAUAUAUUUGAUUUCAAAAGGCGCGACGAUGACCUCGACGACGACGAAGAGGACGAAGAGGUGGAUGGACGUAAUUCGGAAUUCGACUAUGUAAUGAGAAGAGUCAAAAGGGAUAGAAAUGAUAAAAGUGAUUAUGAGGAAAAUGGGAACGGCGUGGGAGUUUUUUAUAGAGCGGGGUUUGGGGAAUAUUACCCUAAUGACGGUCAGAGUGUUUCGCAUCGAUUUAGACGAGAUAGUAGAGAAGACCUUGAGGAUCUGAUGGGAGACGUUGAUGAAGGGGUUAAUAAGGGAAGUGAUAAUGAUAAAAUUGGACGGGCGAUUAGAGUGAAUUCUGAAGUUAGGAAAUCGUCUGAUAAUGAUUCCAAGAAAAUAGAAGAUUCCAAAGCGUUGAGGAGUCUGCAGGAUCGAGAAAAAAAUAUCAAAAAUAACAAAGUGGAUUUUACCAUUGAAAAGGCUGAGGUCCAAAAUGCGAACAAGGAUGAUUCCGUUGGGCAGGAGGAAUUUUCAACGGCGAGAUACAAUAAGGAGACAGGAUCAGAAAAAGAUUCAAUAAUAAGUAAAGGAUCGGAGAACGAAGGAUCGAGUAUAAAUUCUGUGGAUCCUGAAACUAAGAAUUUCAAUAAAAAUGAAUCCUUGAAGAUAAUUUCGAUGGAAGCGCAACUGGAGAUGCAUGAUGGAGGAGACAAGAAAACGGAUGAAAUUUCAAAAUUUGCUGACAUCGCCAAGGACUUUCCGAAAGAGAUUAUUGAAGAUAGGAGCAACGUGAAAAAAAUUGAAGACAAAAAUACAGUGGACCCGAAGAAAAGCGAAAAAUCAGAUCACGAGGACAAAAUUCUGGAAAAUUUUUCUCAGGACGAUCCUCAAGGUAAAAAGUCCAAGGACGAAGACACGUUCGACGUGUGGCAUGUUCCGGAAAAUGGUGAAAAAGUUGAAAAUCCUUUGGGCGAUGAUAAGAAGGAUCAAAAACGUAGCACAGUCAAAUCGCUGGACGAUUCCACUUCAAAGAGACCGCAGGAAACAUUGGCAAGGAUAUGUCAAGUGAAGGAAGAGUUAUCAGGAAAUAGUGGCAUAGGUGAUAACGUACCAGGAAAAUUAAUUACAACGAUAUUCGACGUUAAAGUGCAAAAGGCACAACUAGGACCUGACAAAAUGACAGAAGACAGUGGUCCAAAGGACCAAUCCGUUAAGGAAGACAAGAUGAGACUCCGAGACGUCUUUGAUCUUUACAAGGACAAGGAUAAUCUCAAGAAUACAGACUCAAAGGUGACCCAAGAUGAUAUUAGGGUCCAGGACUCUGCCGAUAGUAAAAAUAGAGUACAGCACAAUGAAUUAUCCGAGGACGACAGUAAGGAUCACGUAAAAUCAGAGGGUUGGUAUGCUGAUCUAAAGCAAAAUCAAGAGAAAAAAGAAAAAGAGGCAGCCGGGUACAAAGAGACUGAAAAUGAGGAGCCGAAGGAUGAUACAAAAGAGAAAAGAAAUUACCCGGAGAAAAAUCAAAAAGGACCCGCAUCAGAGAAAUCAAAAUAUCAACCUAAGGAAUAUGAUCGAGAAAAUACCCAAAGCUUAAGUUCCAAGCCUGAGGUUAUCAAGGAUACUGAAAAGGAUGCUGCGAAAGGGUUAACCUAUAAAGAUACCAAGCGAAAGCUUCUCUGGGUCACUUCGAUGCUCAAAAACCUAGAGAUCAGAGAUGGACGAAGAGAUUGGGCCUCGGACCAGAAAGAAAGUGGAAAGCAUGAACAAGGACCAGUCAACGUUAAAGGAAACGUCCAAGCAGCCAUCUCUAAGGAUGCUGCUGCAGAAUCCGAGCCUGGAGCUAAUUUUAAGUACGAUUUAAAUAGCAGAGACACAAACGACCAGGCACGUGCGUAUACUCAACGUAAAAAGCGAAAGAUCCUUCAAGAAGCUGGGAAUGGUCCAGAAUUCCUAAGGUCGCAACAAAAAUCUGAAUACUCAAAAAAUAAUUCUGGACCGCAGGAAGAUUCAAAUCUGAAGACUGGUGUUAAGGGUCCCGAAGGGAGCGAAGAUGAUUACGAAGGUCUUAACGAAGAUAUCGAAAACGUGAGACAGGAUCAUGACAAGGAAAAAUCUGAAGUCGACGAUCAAGGUAUCGAUUUCGAAAGGAAGAGGUCCUUAUCAGCCUACGAAAGAGACCCUCUGAGGGACAGAGUGAACAUGCUGAUAAGACAGAGGAUCGACACGAAUGUUCAAACCAAGGAUCCUUACAUAAGAAGACGCAGGUACCCAUUGGGUACAAUUGAGUAUUACGACUACGACAGUGAUGCCGGUGAAUACGAAAAGGACUCGCCGGCUGCUGAGAUCGAUCAGAAACCGGAAGUACAGCAGCAGCAGCAACUAUCAAAUUCCAGUGCAAACGAUCCGGCAGCGCCGUGUAACUCAGCCUCCGUGUUAACGAAGAAGGACGAGAACAGCGAGGAGAAGGAGAAGGAGGACAAGAAACUACAGCAGCUAAAAAACAAAUUUCCAAAGCAAGAAUUUAUACCCGACGUUAAUUUGGGAAAGGCCCACCAAAAGCUAAACAACGCGACGAUGAUAUCGGGUAAGGUACCCUGCGGUCCGCCCACUACGAAGGCGACCCUGAACGACGAAAAAAAACUGUCGAAUGACGAACCAGGAAAAAUUGAUCGAUCCGACGAUAACCAUUAUCGCGAAAAUCCCGAAGGAGCUUCUAGAGUACAAUGGCUUGGACGAUCGGCCGAAGCUGACCUGGACCCCAGGGACCGGGACAGAAUAAUUGGACCGGAGAACAGACGUCACGUGAUCCUGGCUGAACCUCUUGAGUACAAUCUGAACGUUCAUGGAAAAUUGGAACCGGAAGCCAUAGGUGCAAUAUUGGAAGGUGCACCGGUGAAGCAACGUCUGCUGGACCGAACCUCUGAGUUCCAGCUGGCUCAUGGAAUUUUGAGUGACUACGAGGGUAGAAGACAUCAGGAUCGGUACCACCUUGACGAAGCCGAGGAGGAGCCAACCUAUGAAGAAAUGGAGAAGAUCAACGAGUGGAAGCAAAGUGAAGUUAGGCCACGGCUGAGAGGCGAUCAAAGAAUGUUCGGUGGACCAGGAGCGGAUGCUGGGAACAGAGACAGAGCAGAUACUUACAGUGACAAAGCUGCGCGUCGAAACUGGUACUCUAAAGAGCCAGACAGUGCCAGCCUGGAGCAAUCGGACGUCGACAAGAGUUCAUCCCACCUUGAACAGAUCAGUGAACAGAUUUCCAAAGGAAGACGUUUCCUGAAGGAAGCCAGAGAUGAAGUACCAAAACGCGACUCCCAGGACACGCUUAAAAGAGAUUCAACAUUUGGUGUACCUGAUCUCAAAAAAUUGGUAGAACCAGCAGCUGACGAAAGGACGUACCUAGUGAUAUCUCCAGCACAGUUGCCAGGAUCAUCAAAUCCUGAUCCGCAUGGAACUUCCUCGUCCUCUUCGUCAGGAAGUAAUUACAUGGCCUUGAAAAUUACUGAUGACAUGUUCAAAGGUGGGAUUGACCAGAGUAAUCCCACUGAGGAAAAAACACCAGAGAUUCUGGGUCCAUCGAGGACCACUACGGAAUGGAAAGUCAUCAAGGUUACGGAUGACAAGGAUAACACACUACUUGCAUCUGCGUAUCAUAUGACAACGGAAGAGAAACACGAUUCAAUUGUACAUACCGAUUCUGGUUCGCCUUAUGAAAAUCAAAGAAUUUUCAAAUCGGCUGUACCCGACAAUAAUAAUAAAAUUGAAGAUCGAUCGUCCGUAGGAUCUAAAGAUCUUAUGCACGAGUCCUUUGUGGAGCCUUUAGAUCUGGACUUCGAAGACGACGUGAGGAUCAGACUAGGCAGGGGAUUGAUGGCGAUCGAUGAUCCUGAAUUGGAGGACUUGCAUUCCUUUUCCUACCCUGCAGAUGAUCUUGGAAGGACUCCUUCGCGGAGAGCCGUAGGCGAAUCGGAGUGGCAAGAGGCGCCGGUUGAAAAAUAUUUGAAAAAAUCCCAAAAUCCUUUUUCUCAAGACGGUGUAGAUCCGUCCUGGACCGGAAGGACAUCCGUCGAUCGUGAAUAUCUGAAAUCAGAAAAAAAAGAUCGAAUCAAACGCGAGCUAUCGAUUGAUUCAAAUGAUCGAUCGGUAAUGAAUUUUGAAAAUUUAAAAAAUCGUAUCGAUAUCCCCAAUGCUGAUCAAGGAUCAAAAUUUCGUACCAGGAUCGGUAAAGGAUUGACCAAUGUAGAGGAGUGGGAAAUGAACGCUCCUAUAUUACAGAGACACGUAGUUUUUUCUGACACUGAUCAUGGACCAGAUGCUAAAAGGAUAAAAGAUAGUAUAGUAUCUGUAUCGAUCAAUGGAUCUAAUAUAGAAAAGGAGUCAAGUACUUUUGAAAAGACUGGUAGCUCGAGGAAUUUUGCGAGCGAAGUGAAUGCUACACUGUUAAAUAGGGACAAACGUAAUUCGAAUUACAACGAGGUAAUUCCCAGAUCCUAUAUUGGAUUUGGUGAAAAAAAUUAUAUGGAGAAUGAAAAUGGGAUGAAUAAUUUUUUGCGAGAAGAGGGAAAGGAGAAGAAGAUUCGACAGACGAGGAUUCCAGGAUUUUCGGCGAAAAGUGAUUAUCGAAUUGUGCCAGGAUAUGGAAAAAAUUAUGAUUUCUAUGGAGAACCAAAAGAUAUGCGAAAGGACCAGACGGGUGUGAAUUUGAAAAAUGGAUUUUCGUCAAAUGACUUAACACCAGAAUUUUUUGGACGAACCAAUAUUCGCGAUUACCAUAAUGCAUUUGGUCCUUGGAGUGGAAGUAACCGCGAAAGUGCCUGGUUGCAGGAUGGGAAUAAUUAUAGAAAAAGGGUCAGGAGUGCAAAAAAGAGAUCCAGUCCCAAGGACAGACGCUCGAAGUAUUCGAAGAAGAAAAAAUCUAAAAAAUUUGGAAAAAGGAGACAUCACAAGCAUCGCCCAUCGUCUCAUCGUAAGAAAACGUCCAAUGGGUUUUUUAAGAAUUCAAAAAAUCAUGGCACCAGCAUCAAUUUCAAGGACUCAGAAUCAUCGCUAACCGGAAAUUUGGCAGCUGUCAAAGAUGUCAAUACCAUUGCCAAGCAUCCACUUUCACCUGAAUGUAACAAAAUUUUAGAAUCUGGAAUGGCAGACACCGAGAAGCGAGUCCUCAAUGAAAAUGCCCAGGAUCAAUCGACCCAAAAACCGGAAGAUGACAGUCAAAAGAAAAAGUUCACUGUUCUGUUAGCGCCUGACAAUAUGGAAGACGAAUCUCAGAUGGACAUAGCACUGCAUGGCGAGUUAGCCGGAAAGAUAGUCGAACGAAUAUUUGAUCAAGUUCAAGGAAACGAAGCUCUCAAGGUAGCACUUGGUCCAGGACUCUAUCGUAAGCACAAGCCCCAGGAAGCCAUAACCUCGGACAAGAUUUAUCGUCAGGGUCUUGACGAAGAUGAAGUAAAACAUACAGAAACCAUGAUGAGAAGAGUCAUGGAACUGUUGGGUCGAUUGAUAUUGGACGAAGUUCAAAGAAAGACCUGUGCCUCCUUGCCACCGGAUAUGCGAGAUUUUUUGCAAUGGAUGCUGGGAGUCGAACAGGAAGAAUCCUUGUCCGAUCAGUCACCCCCAUUACCACUGGUCCAUGACCAGGAUGUUCCUCAUCAUCUUGGCGAUAAAUUCCUCUUCCAUGAUCCUUCCCAUCAGGAGUUGGAUGCAGACAUUAAUGAACUUUAUAAAAAAGUUCGUUUGCUGAAAAGUCUGAUUAACGAGUACAAUGCUCUGACGCAAAAAGAGAAGACUAAAGUUCAAUCUGUUCAUGAUUAUCUCGUCAGACAAUUGGCUUUACUUGUCGAGUACAUAGAAGCAAAGGAGGCUGAAGAAGCAAAUGGAAAUCAAAUUUUGACAAAUGGCGUAGGAACGGGUCCCCAACAUAUUUUACAGUAUCAAAACGCAAUGCCCCAUUCGAAUGAUAAUGAUAAUCAUACAGGACUGAUAGGGAGCAUUAUGGAUGCACCCAGUAUCGCGGGACUGAGCAAUGCCACCUUUCGAUUGAAUGACAAUUUGUUGGACCAAAGACCAAUUUUCACAUCGCACGAUAAACGCAGAAAGGCACGAAACUCGGAGCGGUUACCGCGCAAACUUCUGAAGCGUAAACGAAAACGCAAGCAUAAGCAUAAGCAUAAGCAUAAGCAUAAGAAGCACAAAAAUUCCGUGAACCAGUCGCCGGAAUAUCGAAAGCUCAUACGCAGAAUUGCACUGCUCAGGGAAAAAAGAGCCAAUUCUCUGCACCAGGACGAUUGGGAUCCUUUUGAAUCGGGAUAUGAGGAACCGAUCAUUUAUAGUGCCUCGGGAUUGCUGCGCAGUGAUUCUGGUAAUAGAAAACGUGAAGUCAGGAACGGGGAGAAAAGUCCAGAAUCAAAGGAAAGAUACGGGCAGAUUAAUUUUGCGAAAGAAGAAAAUCCGCAUUUUUGGACUGAUCUUGCAGGACCUUAUAACGAGGACGGUACGGGAAGCGAUCCGAAAUUCGAAGAGGGUUUUGGAAAAAAAUUACGAAAUAAAAUACGGAGAAAAGUGAAAUUAGAGAAAACCAAUGAAAAUUAUCAGAACAGUUAUGGGCGUCGAUCAGCAAAUUUGAAUAAAGACGCUUUUAAGGAAAUUAUUGAAAAUAACUUCGAUAAUAAUUUCCACGGGUCCGAUUCCCGACCUGAGUAUCACGCGAGGAAUAGCGAAUUUGACGAUGUAGAUUAUGAGAAUGAAAUUUCGAAAGUUGCAAUCGAUUCCCCGAGGAGCUAUUCGAAAAAGAAGAGAGAGGUGACCAAUAUGAAUUAUAAUCCCGGGAUUUACGAAAAUGCGGAAAAUAUUGGAAAAACAAAUAAGCGCAAACGAGACGUUCUGAGUGCGUCCGUUAAUUUGCAACCCUGGCUGGACCCAAAGUCGAACGACGAGUCCACUUCGGAUUUUUUGAAAAAAUUCUCCAAUCUCCUAGUUCACACGAGUAACGGAAUUUCGCGAAUUGGGGAAACGUAUAGGGACGAUGGCGAGAAAGGAGACGCACUUAAAGUCUACGAAGAGAAGAGGGAGCCAUCGGAUCCCUUAUUGUCGAGCGGAGGAGCAAAAAAUGUUAAAAGAAGUCUGGCUGAGGACGAAGUGGUUCUGCUGAACAAACGUGAAGCCUGGAAAAGGGAAAACGAGCAACAGCUCGAGGAAGUAGCCUUCGGCGAGGACAUGAGAAGCAGACGUAGUAAGGAGGAGUUCGAGAAGCUUCCAGAACUCGACAAGAGGAAGAAAGAGUCGGAGGAAGCUGGAGGCCGAAAAAAGCGUCAGGACGAAAGGGAGGACGAAUCGAAAAUGGCGGUGGAGCACGGCAAAGAUAUAGCUGUGGAGAAUUCGUCGAAAACAAGAAGCGAGUGUCAUGGCGUGGGCGCGGAGAAAAAUCUCGAAAUGAAAUGUAAGGCUGUUGACGUGGAAAAGCCAAAGGACAAAAAGUCGGAAAAUUUAAUGACCAUGGAAGUGAACAUUUUUCAAGUUGUUCCUGCGAAUUCUACCAGGAGUAAUCAGGAUCGCCACGUGCCGGAAGAGAGAGACAAGGACAGUGUUGAUUAUUUGAAAAGUAUCGAAAACAAGAUUAACGUCUAUUCCGACGAAGAUGUGACUGAUUCGAAAUAUGAAAAAUCGACGGGAAACUUGGAAAAAAGUCAAGAUACUUUCGUAUUGGGAGAAAAUAAAAGUGCCUACGAAAAUGAAUUCAAUGUGAAGGAUCAAGUAAUUCCGAAUGACAGUCAAAAAAGCACAGCCGAAGAUGAUUCCAGGAAAACUACCCUGAACAAGGAAACCUUGUUUCAGGAGUCUGACAAAAAAAUCGAAAAUGACCUGCAGGAAGUCACUGAAAAAAAUUUAGAUAAUUUUUCAACCAAAAAUUUAAUCAAGGAUAAACGUAGUCUGGAUGAAAAGCAAUUUCAGGACACUGAACAAAACUUCCACGAAUCACAAAAUGACAAAAUAAUGCUAAGGACGUCAAGGACCGAACAGAAAGAUGAGUCUGCUAAUGAAGUACCAUACUCUAGUUAUGCUUUAAGUAACGAAGGUCAACCUUACAAUCAUCCAAUUGUCAAAGACGUGGCACUGAAUUCCAACCGAAAAGAUCAAGACUUUGUACAAAAUGUUGUAAAGCGCAACGGGAAACUCACCUCCAAUAUAAAUGUAAGAUCUGGAAAAGUCUAUUUGAAAAACAAACGUGAUCCCGCAGCCAUUUUACCGCUUUUGGAAAUAUCCGAACAGCGACAAAUGCAAAGUCAAGCAUCAAGAGCACAAAAGGACGAUCAGCGAGACACGGCGGAUCAAAUGUUGGGUUACGAAAAUCCGUAAAAAAAAGAAUCCAAAAAAUGAAUUGAGAAAAAAGUUCUAACAACCCCGACAUAAGAUUGACACAAAAAUGUCACAUAUCUCUAUCUACAUUUAAGUAGAUGAACUAACCUGACCACCCAAAAUAUAAAAAAACAGAGCAAUGGACUUCAUUAAGUAUAUUUACAAAAAAGAAGAGAACAUUUUUAUCAACAAUUACAUAAGCAACAUAAGACUCUUAGAUAUAAAAAAGCAAAUAAAAGAACUCCAUAAUGAGUUGUAAGAAAUCUAACUUUCAUACGCGUCACCGUUUCCCGUAAACAAUGACGUCAUUCGCGAAUUGGACCGCCGUCACAAAAAAAGGAAAGAGAAAAAAAUCCGUUACACUUAACCGUGCCACUGCGUUACGCAACGAGUCUGGUAUAAUCGAAAUCUCUGGAAGUCCCGAAGUGAAAUGGAGUUCGCGAAGACUCCCACCUGCUUGAAAACGAUUUAAUACCCAGCCGAUCACGCAUUCGUCGUACGUGCUUCAGCAUACGUCAUCCUUCUUCAUUUCAGCCACAUGCAAGACAUAAGCGAGUGACGACCGAAUAUAGAAAUUUCGAGCAGGGUUUUUACAGAUGUCGAAUGACAUUCACGUAAUGCCGAAUAAAGUGGAUAUCGGAUUCAGAACGGACGCGCGAACGAAAUACAUACAUAGCAUAGACUUUAUUCUCUGGCAUAAAACUAAUAUCUACAUUACAAAAAGAAAACAAUAAAAGAAAAUACGCGAAUAACCAUAUUUGAAAUCAAUAUGGAAU